GAAGAAAGGGAGUCUUUGGGCAGAGUUAGGUGAGAGGCCUUUUUGUGUUUUGUGGUGUUUCAUGAAGAAAGGGAGUCUUUGGGCAGACUUGGGUUUGUGAGCUGUCUUUCUUUUUCUUCUCUGUGGAGAUUUUGGAUUUCUAGAGUGGGUUUUUAGUUGUGCUUCUCAGCCCUGCUUUUGACUUUUUGGGCUAUUAACGGCCACCCUUUGUGACCCGAUUUUUUAAAAAACGGAUCCAGUUCAAGUGUAUGGAGGAGAUUCAAGAUUGGGAAAGUUCUGAUGAUAGCACGGCGGCUGAUCUGGACCUCAAUUUACAAGACUGGAAUGAUGAGGAACACCAUCUUUACAAGUCUGGCUCCAUCCCCAAAUUGCAAUUUAGAAAGGAUGUAUCAAAGGGUCGCUGGGAUGAGAAGAUGGGACUGGCCGAGGUUGUAGAAAAGAAGGGAGGAAUGUGGACUACUACUGGAAUUGUUCGAAGAGGCAAGCUCUAUUGCUCGAUUGAGGAGAUUGCGUUUUUAGCUGAAAGAGGUGCAUUGCUUCUCCUGGAUGACAAUGACAUGACCAUCGCCUUAAAAGACAUAUACACGAAGGUUGCAGAUGGGAAGCAUGGAUGUUGCUGGGAGUCUUUUGAGGCGUACAGACACUUGAAAUUGCUAGGCUACAUUGUGGGUCGCCAUGAUAUUCCAUGGACUCUGAAGGGUGACAGGAGCCAUUGCAAUACUAGUUCUCCUCAGGGCACAUUAGAAAAUAAUGGUGAAUCAGAAAGUGGGGCAGAAGAGAAUAUUUCCAUCAUCUGGCAGCUCAAAAACAUGCAUAUCAAUACAAUGAAGCUAGAUUUUGAUGUGUACUUGCCUAAUAGCAAGUUUAGAAAAUCUUCUCCAGGGAAUCCCAGUUUCAUCCUUUGUCUACUUAGGGGCAACCCACCAUCGGAAGCAGAACUAGUGGACAUUGAGAAAGACUGCAAGGGCAUUUCCCUGAAGUUCUGCCACGUAGAGCAUGGGCGGGUCAAUUUCUUUUCCUUUGAUCGAACAGAGCUUCCAGUGUUACCAUGAUGAUUUGUUUGAGUACAUUAGAUUUUCAGUAGAUAGCGACAAUGACAAACACACACUGCUUUGUGAAGGGCAACUAUUGGGCGUGUGAAGAAGCCUAUUCUCAGACCCAUGUGCCAAUAUGCACAUAGGAUGGCACAUAGAUCGGCCCCGUAGGAUUAGCAAAAAUAGUAUUAUAACAUCAGCUCUGUUUUGAGUUUGAGAGAUGAUAAACUAUCUGAUAUUUGGGGUGUGUUUGGAUUCAGUAUACAACUGUUUUGGAUUAUAUCAAAUGGCUGCUGUUUUGGCUUCUAAACUGAAUUUUCACAAUUCAA